CACUCACCACUGGACACGAAGUAACUCCCUUAGAAACAAACACCGCCCAACACACAUACACACACACAAUGCUGCAUACAAUCGCAAUCCUCACGGGGACAGAAUCACAGCCACACAGCUUUAACCUACACACAAAGAGGAACACAUGGUCACACAACCACACCUACACACUCCAGGGCCAUAUAAUCACACACACACACACACACACACCCUCAAACACAGCGUCGCACACGGUGGCACCCACAUAUGAAUGCUGCCCAUAUCCGCACACAGGGUGUCACAGCAGUCGCGAUCACACACACACACACACAAACACACACACACAAUUUCACAAUCGCCCCUCGCCAGUCCGUCGGGCUGCAACAGACCCCAUGCUCAUCUCAGUCCCCGCCCCAGGACACGUCAGCCUGCAGUCACCGCCCCAAGCCGUUGGAGCCCAGCCCCCGGGUCCAGGGCCGCUCUCCUCGGAGCCGCUCGCCGGGUCGGGAGCAGUCGCCGGCUCCGCGCCCUCUGGGGCAGUUUGGUUCGGAUCCGCGCAGCUGCAAAGAUGGCGUCCGGCUGGAGCCCCGCGGAAGGGGUCGCUCGGGAUCCCUGAACAGCGCCUCGGGGUCUCCUGGGGGUUCUGGCCGAGCCCUGCAGGGUGGCUCCCCCACGAAGGGAGCCCAGGGUUUCAGAGCUGACCGUAACCCCCUUGGCUCACCUCUGCCCUCUCCCAGAGAUCAACCCCGGUAGAGGGUUUGAGUCCUGAGACUGCCUCCUCCCGGCUCUGCCCCCGCCAGGCAGUCCCACAAACUCCGGCGGAGGAAGGAAAGUUCUAGCGAAAAACAGACUCGAACCACUGAACCUUCUGGGAAGUGUAAUCCAUAGUCAAAAAAAAAAAAAAAAAAAAAGAAGACGGGCCAGGAAAGGUGGAUUCGUUCCGGCGUUGAACCCGAGCCUGGCGAGGCUAGGAGACAUCGGGCGGUAGCCGGCCGCAGGAGUGCGCAGGCGCAGACCCUGGCUCGCCAUCGUCGUCUUUGUCUGCUGAUGCCUGGGAAGCUUAUAAACUGAUAAAGGUGCAACUUGAAAGACUUGUGUGAAAAUAUAAACUCAGAAAACCUAGGCAACAAAGUCUUUUUCUCUGAGCAGAGACAUCAAUUCUUCACUUCUGUGUAUGGGACUCAGUUUAAAAAUUUUUUAAAUAUAAUUUAUGCUUCUACAUAACUUUUGCCUAAAUAUGAGAGAAGCUGUGUAAGAAAUAACCAUUAUGAAUAUAAAUCAAAUGCUAUAUUUCAUCUCUUUUUGUAAUCAUCUCAUCAUCUCAGGUAAUUGGUGUAAGAAAAUGUCCAUCAUAAAUUCAACUUCAUUAUGCACCUGAGAAUUAAUGUUGAAAAGAAACCAUAAGAAUUUAGUGAAUAUGGAAAAAUGUUCAUCCUUGUUACAUCUUAGUAUAUACUAGUAAAAUCUCAGAGAGAAAUCCUUGUGUAUGAUAAGAAUGUUGGAAAGCCUCCAGCCUGAAUCAGAUCUAUUUCAGCAUGAUUGCAUUCAUAGAGAAAAACCUUAUAAAAGUAAUGAAUGUAGAAAAACCUUCAGUCUGAAGCAGAUCCUUAUGGAGCAUAAGAAAAUGCAUACAGGAGAGAAAUUACAUAAAUGUACUGAAUGUGGUAAAGUGUUCUCUCGAGUCUCAUCCCUUACUCUACAUUUGAGAAGUCAUACACGGAAGAAAUCAUAUAAAUGUAAUAAAUGUGGAAAAGCCUUCAGCCAGAAGGGAAACUUACUUUCUCAUCAGAAACAUCACAUUGGAGAGAAAUCUUAUGAAUGUGGGAAAGCUUCUGUUCAGGUAUCAACCCUCAUCAGACAUCAGAGAAAUCAUACAGGAAACAAACCUUAUGCAUGUAAAGAAUGUGGGAAAGCCUUUAAUGGCAAGUCAUAUCUCACUGAACAUGAGAAAAUUCAUACUGGAGAGAAACCUUUUGAAUGUAAUCAAUGUGGAAGAGCUUUUAGCCAGAAGCAAUACCUCAUUAAACAUCAAAAUAUCCAUAGUGGGAAAAAACCCUUUAAAUGUAAUGAGUGUGGAAAAGCCUUUAGCCAAAAGGAAAACCUUAUUAUCCACCAGCGAAUCCAUACUGGAGAGAAACCUUAUGAAUGUAAAGGGUGUGGGAAAGCUUUCAUUCAAAAGUCAAGCCUCAUUAGACACCAGAGAAGUCAUACCGGAGAGAAACCCUAUACAUGCAAGGAAUGUGGGAAAGCCUUCAGUGGCAAAUCAAACCUCACUGAGCAUGAGAAAAUUCACAUUGGAGAGAAACCCUAUAAAUGUAAUGAAUGUGGAACAAUCUUCAGGCAGAAGCAAUAUCUCAUUAAACACCAUAAUAUUCAUACAGGAGAGAAACCCUAUGAAUGUAAUAAAUGUGGGAAAGCCUUUUCUCGAAUCACAUCACUUAUUGUACAUGUAAGAAUUCAUACAGGUGAUAAACCUUAUGAAUGUAAAAUAUGUGGGAAAGCCUUCUGUCAAAGCUCAUCUCUUACUGUGCAUAUGAGAAGUCAUACAGGUGAGAAACCUUAUGGUUGUAAUGAAUGUGGGAAAGCCUUUUCUCAGUUCUCAACUCUAGCUCUACAUAUGAGAAUCCAUACUGGUGAAAAACCGUAUCAGUGUAGUGAAUGUGGGAAAGCUUUCAGCCAGAAGUCACAUCACAUUAGACACCAGAGAAUUCAUACUCACUGAACUCUAUGAAUACUUUGAGUUUACAUACUUAGUGACAUAUUAGAACAUUCUUUUUACACUAAAGUGACAUUAAUGUGGGAACUCCUCCAACAGCAACUCAAAACUUGAAAUGCCAUGACGUUUAAUAAGAAGUAUCAAUAUAUUGAAAGUACUUCCCAAACUCCCACAACAAAUAUUAUUAAUGCUGUAUGUUAAGGAGUAUUCUCUUUGAAGUUAGGGCCCAGUAAUGAAGCUUAAUCAAUAUAUUCCUAUAAGGCCCAUGAGAUGCAUUAAGAAAAGAGGUUAUAGGGAUUUGAAAUUAAAAAACAGAAUUUUGUUUUGUUUUAUACUUACUACAUAUAUCAUUUGUAAAACUGUAGUCAUCAAAGAUAUUUGCUGUUGAUGCAGUCAGAAAAUAGACUGGGACAGAAUACUGAAUGCAGAAACAUGCACAAAUUCAUGGGGAAUUGACCAUUGAUAAAGGUGGUAUCCCAAGUGGGUAGAGAAAUAAUGGAUGAUUUUAAAAGAUGGUCUCAGGGCAAUUGACUCUCCAUAUGAAAAAAUAAUAGAUUUCUGCCAUCAUCAUAUAUUAAAAUGCUUCUUUUUUAAAAAGAGAUUUUUCCUAU